AUGGCACAACAACCCUACAUCCCACCUCUGAUCGGGUGGCUCUAUGAUUUGGUCCUAUGGGCUUUCUCCGUCCUGGUCGACUUCUUCUUCAGAGAGGUACACCCUCGUGGCUCCUGGAAGAUCCCCCGGAAGGGCCCCAUGAUUAUCGUCGCGGCACCUCAUGCGAAUCAGUUCGUCGAUUCGCUGAUUCUGAUGCGCGUUCUCCGUAACGAAGCCCACCGUCGCAUCUCAUGGCUCAUCGCAGAGAAGUCGUUCAAGCGCAAGUUCAUUGGUCUGUUGGCCAGAGGCAUCGGGACCGUGCCCGUGGCCAGAGCAAUGGAUAACCUGAAGCCCGGCCAGGGUACGAUAUACCUCCCCGACCCCGUCAAUCAGCCUACCCUGGUGCGCGGCGUGGGGACGAACUUCGAAGGCCCCGGAUUUGAAAAGGAGGGCACCAUUGCUCUUCCCACUAUCAAUGGGACCUCGCACAGUGCGACCAUUGCCGAGAUUCAUGGCCCGGAGGAGUUGGUGUUGAAGAAACCGUUCAAGGGCAAGGAUCCGCUCUUCCAGCUUACCGGAAGGAAAGACAUCACGCCCGACGGUAAAUUCACUGGCGACGUCUCGAGUAAAGACUUGGGCGAUUUCAAAGGCUCGAAAUUUAAGGUUUCCCCGCACGUGGAUCAGACCGCAGUAUAUAAUGCGGUUUUUGCCCGACUGAAUGCUGGUGGUUGUGUUGGUAUCUUUCCGGAGGGUGGAAGUCAUGAUCGGCCAAACCUGCUGCCUUUGAAAGCUGGUGUCGCGUUGAUGGCUCUGGGCACCCUGGCUGAUAACCCCGACUGUGGCCUGACCAUUGUUCCUUGUGGGAUGAACUACUUCCAUGCGCACAAGUUCCGGUCGCGUGCUGUCAUUGAAUUCGGCAACCCUAUAGAAGUUCCCAAGGAGCUUGUAGAACAGUACAGGAAAGGGGAGCGGAGAGAAGCAGUUGGCGCCUUAUUGGACAUUAUAUAUCAGAGUUUGGUCGCUGUGACGGUGACUAGCCCGGACUAUGAAACUCUCAUGGUCAUCCAAGCAGCCCGUCGUCUGUAUAAUACGAAAGGCAAGAAAAUGCCGCUUCCGAUGGUGGUUGAACUCAAUCGUCGGUUGGUAAAAGGAUAUACGCACUUUAAGGAUGACCCCAGAAUUGUGAGCUUACGGAAGUCGGUUGCGGACUACAACCGGUCCUUACGGUUGCUGGGCAUCCGUGACCACCAAGUAGAAUACGCGAAAUUCUCGUUCUUCCAAGUGAUCUUCACUCUCAUCACUCGCUUGGUUAAGCUGUUUCUUCUUGCGAUUGGAACCCUACCCGGACUACUUCUCUUCGCACCGGUCUUUAUUGUCACUAAGGUGAUCUCUAAGAAGAAGUCGAAGGAAGCUCUGGCUGCGUCGACCGUUAAAGUCCAAGGUCGGGAUGUUAUGGCCACCUGGAAACUUCUUGUUGCUCUCGCAUUCGCCCCAUGUCUUUACAUCUUCUACGCCUCGGCUUUCUUCUUCUGGGCGUGGUACAACCGGAUCCAAGGAUAUGUCCCAGAGCGCGUCCCCUUGUCGGUGAUCGGAAUCAUCGCUCCGACGAUAUUCCCCCUGAUCACGUUCGCCGCUCUCCGAAUCGGCGAGGUCGGCAUGGACAUUAUCAAGUCCCUGCCACCGUUGGUGCUUUGUCUGAAUCCGUCGUCGGCGAACACAUUGGUGAAGCUUCGUCAGAGGCGCGAGGCAUUGGCUCACGAGGUCACUGAGACCAUCAACACGCUGGGCCCGGAACUCUUCCCUGACUUCGAUGCGGCCAGGAUUGUCACUGAUCCAUUCCGUGAGAUGAACCGGACCGCCGGGAAGCCCGACGCGGAGCAUCCGCCCGUCCCUGAAAUCACGCGAACCGGCACGUCGGAUCUGGACGAGGGCAGCGCCUCGAAGGAACCACUUCCCCGGAACGAGUCGUUCCACAACCUGGCUAACAUCGGGUUCUUCUCGACGCGCCCUUCAAGUCGCAGCCGUAGUCGCAGCCGCACCAGCUCCUUUGGUGCCGGGCACGGCACAUCUGGCCGACAACUGCAGCCUUUGAGUCAAAUUAACACCAACGAGGGCUUUGAGGAGGUCAGUUCGAAGAUUCGGGACGCUAUGCGGCAGCGGGGAGAGCGCCGACGCCGCUAUAGUGAGGACAGCAGCGGGUUUGCCGUGGCCAGUUCGGGGCCAGGAACCCCGUCGAGCGAGGAGUACGAGCGGAAGCAUAUAUAG